UCUUAUAACCCAUAGGUGUCGCAUUGAUAACAUCAACAAAGAAAUCCGAUGACGCUCAGAUAACACCACGACGUUUAUUUGAAUUUUACGGUAACAAGCAUCAUAUCGCCGCGAUGCCGCCGGGGAAACACAACAACUUUGUAAUUAAAGAAAGCAAUGAUGGCCAUAAAAUUACAAACAAAACAAUAAGCCAGAAGACAUUAACUGGUUUGUCAGAGUUCUGGAAGAGCCAGGAGUUGUGUGAUGUCACAUUGAGUGUCAAUGGUGAGGAGUUAUCUGCCCAUCGUCUGGUUUUGGCGCUUAACAGCGACUAUUUCCGUGCCAUGUUCACAGCAGGCUUCCAGGAAUCCCAGACCGGCCUCAUCACCAUGGACAACCUCAAGAUGGAUGCUGUACGCCGACUUGUGGAAUACAUGUACUCCGGUAUCCUCACAGUGACCAGAGACAAUGUGCAGGAUCUGCUGGUGUCUGCAGACAUUCUGCAGAUGUCUGAUAUCAAGAGGAUCUGCUGUGGUUUUAUUGAGAAGGAAAUUGAUGCCUCUAAUUGUCUAGGUAUCCAGGAGUUUGCAGAAAGUUUUGAGUGCACUGAACUCCAGGUCAAGUGUGUUCAGCUGGUCAAGUUGCGAUUCCCUGUCGUCUCUAAGACAGAAGAGUUCCUGGCACUGAAGACCGAGGCACUCAUCAGAAUCCUGCAGUAUGAAGACUUGUGUCUAGGAUUUUCUGGUGAGGCUGUCGUGCUUGAGGCCAUUGUCAGCUGGAUGGAGCAUGACCCAAUGUCCAGGAUCCUGGACUUGCCAGACAUUCUCAAAUACGUGAGACUACAGUGUAUCCCAGACAACCACCUGAGUCGAUUCAAGAACAGCGCAGUAGUUGUGGAAAACCCAGAUGUCAGGUUAGUCAUUGAGAACCAGCUCAACUCCACUGGAAGUAUCCAGGACAAGCGCAAGGCUGUGAAGUUCGUCUACAGCAUUGGGGGAUAUCUGCAGUCUCGCACAGGGCCAUUGUGUCCGAGAUUGAGGUCAGUGGAGCGUUACGACCUUCGCCAGAACAGUUGGGACAAUGUAGAGAACAUUCCAAUUCUUGCAUCCAGCGUUCAAGCCUUCAACAUCUAUGGUCGACUGUUCUGUACAGCGUUCGAGUUGACAAACUCUCUACAAAUAAACCCUGACACAGAACAUGCCGGUUUCUUUGAAUACGACACUCUUCAGAACAAAUGGCACGAUGCGACAGAGUGUUUUUCAUCCGAAGCAGUAAACGUCUUACAUGACUGUCUCAGGAAAUCAGGGGCAAUAACUCUCUGUCCUUCUUCUAACAAACUGUACACUGUAACAGAAGCAGACGUCAAGUGUGUUCACAUCGAGCUGGAGGACGGAGACUUGGCGUGCAGGAGAGUGGAAACGAUGCCACAGAUUGACUUUUUCAAAAGUGAAUCGGACUGUCGGUCCAACUACGCUGCUGUUGUGUGUCAAGGGAACCUGUAUGUGAUCGGCGGGGAUGAACGCUUCUCACAGAUGGAGAUAUUCCCAUCGGCCAUUGUGUGUAUGUUUGACCCAACAGAGAACAAGUGGGUGACCAGGGCUAGCAUGAUGGAACCAAGGGCCAGAUUUGAUGCAGUGGAGAUGAACGGGUACAUUUAUGCUGUGGGUGGGUUCAACAACCGACGUCUGCGCAGCGUUGAACGUUACGACCCACGCUCCAACUCCUGGACGUAUGUCACAGCCAUGAACAAGGAACGAAGUCAUCUGAGAGCAGUGGUGCAUGAUGGGAAGAUUUUUUGCUAUGGGUGGAAAGUCCUAUUCAUUCCGUCUAGGCGGGGCUCGCAAGGUGCUGAACAGUUGUGAAGUGUAUGACCCUACAACAGAUACGUGGACCUUCACACAGCCCAUGAAGCAGGCCAGGUGUAUGUUCGGUGCAGUUGUGUUGUAGCAGCCCUGGACCUCCACACAGCCCAUGAAGCACGCUAGGUGUAUGUUUGGUGCAGUUGUGAAGGAGCUACCCUGGACCUUUCAUGUGUUUUUACUAUUAUUUCUCAAUGAGACACAAGACAUAUUGUAAUAGCUGAAGACUGUGAUGCAUUUUAGAUCUAUUUUUGUGAUCUAUUUCAAUCUUAAACCACAUGAUCACUCAUACUUAGUCUGUAAAUAACAAGAAUCUUAAUAAAUGCUCUAUUUAUCAUAA